GUCAGAUGCCUCAGAACAAGGUGCCUUCCAAGAACUAAUGGCCAAAAUAUCCACCCACAACACAAAUAAGCUUAGAAAAUCUCUUCUUACAAUCCUGACACAAUGGAAGUUUCCCUAAACCACCCAGCAUCUAAUACAACCAGCACAAAGAACAACAACUCGGCAUUUUUUUACUUUGAGUCCUGUCAACCCCCUUCUCCAGCUUUACUCCUAUUAUUCAUAGCCUAUACUGUGGUCUUAAUUGUGGGCCUUUUUGGAAACCUCUCUCUCAUCAACCAUAAGAAGCAGAGAAAAGCUCAGAAUUUCACCAGCAUACUGAUUGCCAAUCUCUCCCUCUCUGAUACCUUGGUGUGUGUCAUGUGCAUCCAUUUUACUAUCAUCUACACUCUGAUGGACCACUGGAUAUUUGGGGAUACCAUGUGCAGACUCACAUCCUAUGUGCAGAGUGUCUCAAUCUCUGUGUCCAUAUUCUCACUUGUAUUCACUGCUGUCGAAAGAUAUCAGCUAAUUGUGAACCCCCGUGGCUGGAAGCCCAGUGUGACUCAUGCCUACUGGAGCAUCACACUGAUUUGGCUGUUUUCCCUUCUGCUGUCUAUUCCCUUCUUCCUGUCCUACCACCUCACUGAUGAGCCCUUCCGCAACCUCUCUCUCCCCACUGUCUACACCCACCAGGUGGCCUGUGUGGAGAACUGGCCCUCCAAAAAGGACCAGCUGCUCUUCACCACCUCCCCUUUUCUGCUGCAGUAUUUUGUUCCUCUAGGCUUCAUCCUCAUCUGCUACUUGAAGAUUGUUAUCUGCCUCCGCAGGAGAAAUGCAAAGGUAGAUAAGAAGAAGGAAAAUGAGGGCCGGCUCAAUGAGAACAAGAGGAUCAACACAAUGUUGAUUUCCAUCGUGGUGACCUUUGGAGCCUGCUGGCUGCCUCGAAUAUCUUCAAUGUCAUCUUUGACUGGUAUCAUGAGGUGCUGAUGAGCUGCCACCACGACCUGGUAUUUGUAGUUUGCCACUUGGUUGCUAUGGUUUCCACAUGUAUAAACCCUCUCUUUUAUGGCUUUCUCAACAAAAAUUUCCAAAAGGA